GGCGGCCGAGCGCGGAGCCGAGAGGUGCGGGAGGCGGCGGCGCAGGAGCGAGCGGAGCCCCGCGCUGGCUCCCGGGAGGACCAUGCGGGCCCCGGCCGCGUCGCUCGGGCUGCUGCUGGCGCUGAGCGCGCUCCGCUGCGCAGAGAGCACGGGUCGAGGCGUUGCAGACAACCUGCAGAAGUUCUCUUCGCUGCCUGCCUAUCUCCCAGCCAGCUUCCACGUCUCUGACGCAGAAGAGGCAUUCUUCCUCAAGGAGGCCAACCAGGACCUCAUGCGCAACGCCAGCCUGCAGGCCCGAUCCGCCACACUCUUCAUCCACCGAGCCCAGAGCCCUCCCGCCAUCAAUGCCAGCUACGGCCCCUUCUCUGUGGAGAAGACAGUGCCCUGGGACUUCCUGCUCACGCCCACCCCUUUUGGAAACAUGGAGAGGUUCCCUUUCAACUGGAGGCUCAAAUCCCACAUCCUUGACAGUUCCAUCUUUUCCAACAGACCCAAAGUGCAGACACUGUUCUAUGUCACUGGCAUGGGCUGGGAUGACAGUGACCCUGGGGAUGAUCUCCCUUGUGUCAAGAUGUUUGCUUUCCCAGAGGCCAGGGAGGUGGCGGCCAGCUGCCGGCUGCAGGGGGCCCCUGGGCUGUGUGUGGCAGAACUGGAGCUCUUGCCUGAGUGGUUCAGCUCUGGCCUGGACCUGGAACCCGAGGAGGAGAUCCCAGCACUGCUGGGUGGCACUGCUAUGGAACUCUUCUUUGCGCUUUAUCCAGCCAACGAGGCUGGUCAGUGCCCGCUGGAGGAGGAGGGCAAGUGGGAAAACAACAUCCACUCAGAGCAGGAGCCUCAGCAGCUGCUCCCUGCCCGGGAGAGGAUUGGAAGUGUGGUGGUCUACCCUACCCAGGACGACCUGCGGUGGUCCUUGGUGAGCCUGGAUGACAAUGUCGCUCUCUCUAUUCCUCUGAACCUCAUCCGAGAAGGGGACACGGCUACUUUUUUGGUCUCUCUGACCAGUGGCUCUGUGGCAGACCAGUUCACUCUUCGAAUCAAGGCGGCUGCGGGCGUGAAGAUAACAGCAGUGCGGGUGAGCAACGAGAACCAGUGGGCAGUGCAGGAGGACAUCGAGCAGGAUGGGACACAGACCACGGCAGCCCUGUCCUGCGUGGGACACCACCUGGAAAAACAGAGCAGGGCAAACGGCUCCUACUAUGAGAUUCUGCAAGUGGACUUUGGGGUUGACAACAGCAGUGGCCUGGCUGGGGCCCAGCAGAUCACCUGGCAGGUAGAAUAUCCGGUGGAAGACUCCAUGAGCGAGCUCUUCGUCUCUGAGAUCUUCAUCAGCCAGACGACCUUCGUGGGCAUCGUCCCUCUUGCCAUGGACACAGAAGUUUUGAACACCGCCAUCCUCACCGGAAAGCCUGUCUCAGUUCCCGUCAAGGUCGUGGGGGUUCAAGAAGAUGGAUCUGUGGUGGAUGUGUUGGAGUCUGUGGAAUGCAGGUCGGCGGAUGAAGAUGUCGUGAAGGUCUCCAACACCUGCGAUGCCAUCUUUGUGAACGGGAAGGAGAUGAAGAGCAAAGUGGGUACCAUCGUGAACUUCACCCACCAGCACUUCACCUCCCAGGUGGAGGUCACCGUCUGGGUGCCCCGCCUGCCGCUGCAGAUAGAGAUCUCAGACACAGAGCUGAGCCAGAUCAAGGGCUGGAGGAUCCCGGUGGCCUCCAACAGGAGGCCCACCCGGGAGAGUGAUGAUGAGGAGGACGAGGAGAAGAAGGGGCGAGGGUGCACCCUGCAGUACCAGCAUGCCCUGGUGCGAGUUCUCACCCAGUUUGUAGCCGAGUCACCUGACCUGGGUCAGCUGACCUACAUGCUGGGCCCUGACUGGCAGUUUGACAUCACUGACCUUGUAACCGACUUUGUGAAGGUGGAAGAACCGAAAGUUGCCCAGUUACAGGAUGGCAGGAUCCUGGCAGGGCGGGAGCCUGGCAUCACUACUGUGCAGGUCCUCUCGCCUCUCUCUGACUCCAUCCUGGCUGAGAAGACAGUUAUCGUCCUGGAUGAUCGCGUCACCAUCACAGAACUGGGUGUGCAACUGGUGGCUGGCUUGUCCCUUUCCCUGCAGCCUCACAAAGCCGACAAGAGGGCCAUCAUCUCUACGGUGGCUGCUCAGGAUGUUCUCCAAGCCCCACAGCAGGAAGCCAUAGUCAGUUCCUGGAUUUUGUUCAGUGAUGGCUCAGUAACACCUUUAGACAUUUAUGAUCCCAAGGAUUUCUCACUGACCGUUUCCUCCUUGGAUGAAAUGGUGGUGUCCGUCCAGCCAAACCUUCAGACCAGAUGGCCAAUCAUAGUUGCCGAGGGGGAAGGACAAGGGCCCCUGAUCAAGCUAGAAAUGUCAAUCAGCGAAUCUUGUCAGAAGAACAAGAGGAAGAGUACUCUCGCUGUGGGUAAAGGAAGUGUCAGGGUCAGAUUUGAACCUGGGAUGCAUGAGCAGCAAGGAGGCAGCAAUGACAUCGAGGGCAUAAACCGGGAAUACAAAGGCCACCUCAGCAAUUCCAUAGAGCGCGAGGGAAGCCAGGAGCGAGCUGCCCAGGAGUGGUUCCAACAUGGUGCACCAGUUGGCCAUGAAGACAGGACCAACAAAAGCACAACCCCACAGGCUCCCAUGGGAGGAAAGCUGCUCAAAGGCGGAGCGGAUGCCUUCACAAGCUUCCCCACUCAGGGGAAGUUACCAGAAUCCAAUAACCCUGGCGACCUCACAAUGACCUCCAGGGGCUUAACAGAUUUGGAGAUUGGCAUGUACGCCCUGCUCUGUGUCUUCUGUCUGGCCAUCUUGGUCUUCCUGAUCAACUGUGUGGCCUUUGCUUGGAAGUAUAGACACAAAAGGUUUGCAGUCAGUGAGCAAGGCAACAUUCCCCAUUCCCAUGACUGGGUCUGGCUUGGGAAUGAGGUAGAACUUCUGGAGAACCCCGUGGACAUCACUCUCCCCUCGGAGGAGUGCACCACCAUGCUUGACAGGGGCCUGCAGUUUGAGGAGAGGAACUUCCUGCUGAAUGGCAGUUCCCAGAAGACUUUUCACAGUCAGCUGCUUAGACCCCCUGACUAUGUGUAUGAGAAGGAGCUGAAAAAUGAACCCAUGAGUUCUUCCGGCCCCAAGAGGAAGAGAGUCAAGUUUACUUCCUACACCACCAUCCUCCCCGAGGAUGGGGGCCCGUACACCAACUCCAUCCUGUUUGACAGUGAUGACAGCAUUAAGUGGGUCUGCCAGGAUAUGGGGCUGGGGGACUCGCAGGACUUCAGAGACUACAUGGAAAGACUACAGGACCAGAUGUAAAGACCUUUCUUAUGUUUGUAUUCACCUUAUGCCUUCUGUUUUCUGGACGGUGGAGCAGUGAGUCUGAUCAGCAAUAGGGGGUGACUCUAUAAAGUGUCAGGGUGUGGGGUCUGGAGGGAUCCCUCUGGGAGUGGGUACUAGCAGUUUAGAGAACCGGGGCUCCAGCUGGACGAUGUCUACUAAACAGUGGUUCCCAGGGAUGGGAGUCACCCAGAGGCAGCAGCCUAGCAGUAGGCACAGCCCCACAGACACUGUGAGUCACCUCAUGACCAAUGGCCGUGUGUAAUUAGGAAUGUUCUGGAUGGUGGUUUUUCUAUUCCUAGCCCUUUUAAAGCACAGUGGACGCUCAUUGAGCGUGGCCUAAGUUCGAAUCUCCGUGGCGGAAGAUUGACUGAAUGUAGCUUCCUUAGUUGUCGGGAGUGAGGCUCAUUAUUUUUAUAUACAUUUGGACUUGUACCUGUUCUUUUGACCUUACAUUUUUGAGGGGGAGGGGUUGUUUCAGAAACACAUAAAGGAGAAGUAUGUCUGAUGUUCUUCCUGUGAG